GUUGUUGAUGUUGAACCAUACUCGAUAUGUCAGUGAAGGGGCAGCAGAGGUGACGGGAGCGAACGCCCGGACGAAAAGUCCGUCAGCUGUUGAUGUUUGGGUCCGACGAAGGAGGAAGUCUUGAUUACCUUUGUUCGUUGUUCUCAGUGGUGUCAAUUGUGUACCGAACAAUUUUCCCAGUGCAUUGCGGAAUGUGUACCACCAGCUGAUGAAUCUAUUUAUGAAAGAGACAUUGUGAAUUUCGUAAAAUGAACGCCGCAAAUCACGCCCUGUGUAACAGGAGUCGCAGUUCCAGGGACGAGAGUGUCGGGGAGGACGAGCCCAGUAAUGCCGCCGUCGCCCAGUCAGAACCCCUGACCGUGUCCGUUCGGGGUUCUGGGGCGCAAGAUGAACUGGAACGUAUGGCACAAGAAUCCAAGUCUGGUCUACCACAAAUCAAAGUAUCACAGGCAGAGGAGACCAGAAAUGCUUACGUUGGUAUGUCCAGUGGUGAUAGUGGAGAAAGCGAUUCAGAUGGCUCUUCCACACCUAAACCAACAACAGCUCGUCUUAAUUCUAUUACUGCGAACAGAAUGCGUCGUAGAUUGAAAUUUUUCUUCAUGAAUCCAGUGGAGAAAUGGCAUGCGAGACGUCGCUUCCCAUGGAAGCUCAUGUUGCAGAUUAUCAAAAUUGUAGUAAUCACAGCUCAGUUGUGUCUUUUUGCUCAGCAACGAUAUAACCACGUGAAUUACCUAUGGGACACUAAGAUCUCAUUUUCGCAUCUCUUCAUCCAAGGCUGGGAUACAAGCAGAGAGGUUCAGGUUUAUCCUCCGGCUGAUGGUCCUUUGGCAGUUUAUAAGAAAUCUGAUUUCUUUGAUUACUUAGAUUACGCAAUAAGAACGUUCUCUAGAAUACGUGAAGAAGCUAUUGGUUCCUAUGUGUACGACUAUGAAAAUGGAACAGUUGUGCCUCCGGUGCUAUGCAUUUCACAGUAUGCAAGUGGUCAUGCAUUUGUAAAGAAUAACUCUUAUAUAUUGAAUGACAACAUAACAACAAAUUGCAUUGAUAUCCCACCUUCAGAAGCAAAUGCUACGGGCUGGAAUGUAAAAGAUUUCUUGGAAGAGAAGAAUGUAACUUUUGACUUUGAUUUGUUACUGAAUACUGAUUUUACUUUCAACUUACGCACCAUAAAGCUUCGAGUCAACUUACCGUUUGAUACACCAGAGUGUUACCACCUAACUGGGAAGGUCAUUUUUAAUAACCAUGAUCAUGAUGGCCAAAUAUUAGUCGAACUUGAUGUUGCUGCUCGUGUGUUGGAGUGUGAUGGGGCUAUACAUUUGGCAUCGGAAUCCAGUACCAUAAAGAUUUGGAGGGCAACAAUGAACAUUUUAAGCAUCGUUGUUUGCAUUAGUUCUCUCAUCAUGUGCGUCAGAGCACUUUAUCGAGGAAAUUUACUCAUGCAGGCAACUGCCGAGUUCUUUGUUCGAUAUGUUGGAAGGCCCCUAACAAUAGAUGAACGAUGGGAAUUUGUCAAUAUGUGGUAUGUUCUGAUAUGUGUAAAUGACUUGCUGAUUAUAGUGGGCUCUUUCCUCAAAGUUGGUUUGGAGAGCAAGAUGUUCCACCUAAUUUCUUGGCGUCUCUCUUCUCCUCAGCUCUGUUUUAAGGAGGAAGAAGGGAGUUAUGAAGGUUUUCUGGACACCUGGAAUGUAUGUUCCCUAUUUCUAGGGGUUGGAAACAUGCUGGUUUGGUUUGGGUUGUUACGAUACCUGGGAUUCUUCAAAACCUACAAUGUCCUGAUACUAACUGUGAAGAAAUGCAUUCCCAAUGUACUUCGUUUUUCAAUCUGCAUAUUAAUGGUAUUUGCUGGCUACAGCUUAUGUGGCUGGUUGGUUCUUGGCCCAUAUCAUCUCAAGUUCCGCUCAUUCUCAUCAACAAUGGAAUGUUUGUAUAGCCUUAUCAAUGGUGACGAUAUGUUUGCAACAUUUUCGUCAACAUCUGGCAAGGAUCCGGUUGUGUGGUGGUUUUCGCGCAUCUACCUCUACACUUUCAUCUCUCUCUUCAUUUAUGUCAUAUUAAGUCUUUUUAUUGCCAUCAUCAUGGAUGCCUAUGAAACUAUCAAAAAGUAUUAUCGGAAAGGAUUUCCGACGUCUGACCUGAUGAAAUUUAUCAAUGAAUGCACGGAGGAACCUUCCAGUGGUAUCUUCAAUGAUGAUGGAGAACAAACUAUUCAUGAUUUCAUCAAUUCAAUAUGCUGUUGUGGCCGCAAACAGAGUAAUGGUGAAUAUGAACGCAUCAUGUAAAUGUAAGGCAGACUUAUCCAGUUUUACAUAUUCAGUAUUCCAUUACACCUGUCAUGAGAAGUGCAGGCUCCUUAGUCAGAAAAUGCCAUCAAGAAAUUUUCUCACUCUGAAGUUCUUUUUUGCAACUAUGUAAGUUAUUUGUAUAUUGUAACUUACCUGGAUUGUAUAUUUUGUAACUGGUAAAAACUCUGUGAUGUUUGUAUGUAAAUCAAGAAAUAAACGCUCAGAAGAGUGCGCGAGAAUUUUUGAUAGGUGUGUAGAAGGGGACUGUUCAUGCCAGGUUGCUGUAAGUAGUCCAGAAAAAGUAUAAAUUUGUAGCUAUAUGCCUUAUUUGGUGUGGUGGGUGCUGUGAGGACCUAUGAUUCUUCCACCUGAAAUAAUUACAUAUAUAUAUCGUAGUAAAUGACAAUUUUGACAUUUUUGGCUACAUUUUCAACAAGAUAGACAUACCUCUUGACAAAAGUUAUACAUUUAUAAAGCAUUACACUCCAUGGAUGGUUUUGUCUUCAGGGCCUUAUGAUUGAAACUGGUAUAUACCCGAGGUCUCUUAAAUAAAUUGAAUGAUAAAAGAAGAGGAAAAGGCUAGAGGUAUUUGUAUGCUAGAUUUUAUUUAGAAAUUGAAAGACUUCCACAUGUGGAGGUUAUGUAAUGAAAAGCAUUUGUUCAUUUAGUUUUUGUCAGAUUCCUGUAAAGUUGUGGAUAUAGUUUGGAUUUAUUUAAAGUUUAAUUCUAAGCUUUCAUGUAAUUUCAAGUCUUUCAUAUAUUUUUGUUUAUUCUGUGAUUUGUUUUUAAUUUAUAUUUACAGUACCUUAAAUUUUCCUCCAUAGGUUCUAGCAUAAUUUUUGUUCAUUAGAAUUUGACUAGCAAAGUAGUCAUUUAUGAUCAGGUAAUGAAGUCCUAUCAUUUCACUUUGAAAAGAUUUUUCGGAUUUAUUAUUUACGUAUAUAUGAAUUCUUUCCCAGUAUAAUUGCUAAUGCAUCAUUAAUGUACUUUAGAGUUAUUAGAUGUUCAGAAUGAAGUCCUUUGUGUACACCUAGAAAACUUGAGAUUGGGUAGUGGGUAUUUUGUUUUCAUAAAAGUAAAAUGUUUUGGAAUGACAUAGUUGUUGCUUUAGUGGGUAGAUGAUGUUUGAAAACUGAAUUUAAAAUCAAGAGACAAAUAACCUAGAAUUUUAAAUGAUCUUGCCUGAUUUCUGGUGCAGGCACAUUUUAUCUGAGAAAUAUGUGCAUUGCAUAAAUGUUUUUUUGUCUUACAUUUAAUUUAACCUUCAGCAAUUUGUACUUCAGGACUCAAAAGAUUUGAAAUGGUUUAUGUACCUGUGUAGGGGGUCCUGAUAAAAUUUUGAUAUAAAUUCCCUUAAAAUAUGGCCUGUAUAUUCACAUAUCACAAAGAAUGCAUUGUAGGUAUGAUUUUUAAUAGUCUCUCAAGCAAGUUAAGUCUGAGAGAGAAGUUUUAUGUACUUUCCCUUCUCUAAUUACUUAAUUUCUUCAGUUCUUUAACUGCUCCAUAUAGUGAAGAAGUUGCCUUUUGAGAAAAUAUACUUUGAAUCAUUGCCAAAAUUUUCCCGAAUGGUUUCAGUGAGCAUGCUGUUGUGCACUUUGUUUUUGUCAUUAUAACUGGGAAUAGGCUUCCUUUAGGCAUUGAAUAUAACCAAGAAUUGAACUGGGAUAACAAGCAGUUAGCAAACUGUUGAAUUUAAAUUUAAUCAAUAUGUUUCCCAGUGUGUUUUGCAUGGUAGAGUAUUCUAAAGGCUCUUUGCACUGAUUCUUUCUACUCCGUAUGCUUUGCUUUCUACCUUAUACUUGACAUUUAUUUCCUUAAGUUUCAUCUCCCUUUGUAGUCCAACUUAUUUUCAAACUUAUACUUGGUAUAGUUUUCAUGUUUUAAAAAUCUACCCUUUGGUUGGUUAUAAUAAGAAUAAAAAAUGUGAGUGAUUUUGGGAAACUAUUUUCAAAUAAUAAUAAUAAUCUGAUAAUAAUAGACUGAUAACUGAAGAAUGAUUCCAUUUUUAAAAAAUGAUUCUGUUUGCUUUUAAAAAUUCCAAUCCUUGAUUUAUUAAAUGUGACAACAAGUGCUAAGACAUUUAUGUAUAUAUGGAAAUAAUGAUUUCACUCAAUUGAGUAAAUUGUUAUUAAAGAUACAGUCAGCAUCCAGUUUACCACUCCAGUUCAAAACAAUGAUGUAGGACACAAAACUGAAAAAAUGUACAACCUGAUUUAAAUACCAAAAAUCCCCCUAAACAAUUUGACCUGUGUGUAGCAUAGUAAACUCUUACGUGUGGGUAAACUUGUUAGCAUUAAUACAUGAAGUGUAUUUACAUGUCUUCUAGUUUAAGAUCCAUGCUGUCCAGCCUCCUGCAGGCAGGAAGAGGAGAAUUUAUAUAUUUGCAUGAACAAGUCUGUACUCAAAGGUAGUACACAUUUUGGAAUUGGUGUCACUUUGCUAAGCAUUACUGAAAUUAGCCUUUCUUUGGCUCAGGCAAACUUGCCUAGUUUAGUGAUUUCCAGAAACUUUAAAACAAGUAUAAUCCUUGACACUAGAAAUAUAUUAGAUUAGAUAUUGUUUCAAUUGGAAAAGUUAUUUCAUGUUUAGAAAACCAAACAAUCUCUGUUCAUAGAAACAAAAUAAUUACUAACAUUGUUUUUUUUCCUACAUCAUGGCAGUGAAAAAAGAAAAAAUUAUGUUGAAUAAUUUUGGGUUAUCAAACUGAAAUGAUGAAUGUGUUAUGUUGUACAAAGUCAAGCUACAGUUGAGUCUUUUACACUGAGCUUAUAUUUUGUUAAUACCGUAACAACUUCCUAAUACCAUAUUUUCUAGGUGUUUUACUAGGUAAAAAAAGAGAAAUUGAUUUAUGAAGCUCUUGUGUCCUAUGGUUUAUGCACCCAAACAUCUGGGGAAUUAGUCAGCAAAAUCUGAUGGUUGAUGUAAAUGAAAAUUAGCAUUGCACAGAAUAUUUACUGUCUGAGAGAAAAACUGCUUUUGAGGUAAAUGAUGGAAAUAAUUUUGCCAUAUUGGCAGUUAUGCUGUUGGGGACAAAUGAAAAUGAACUGUGGAAGAUUGUAUUGUACAUUGCAACUAACUCCUUAGACUUCAAACUUAAAAUUGAAUCUAUUUGGGAUGAUGACAGAUGUGCCGUGUUAAGAAAAUAGGAAGUAAUUGACUUUGUAUAGUGUUGCCAAAAAUGAAAAAGAAAUUUACAUAGCUUUAUUUAUCGGAGGCCAGAUAAUGAUGUAUUACCAAAAUAAUCAUCAUUAUUAUGUACUGCUAUUGCUACUAAAAUUGCUUCUCUGUUACAACUCCUCUUACGUUCAUCAUCAUUAAUUUUAUUCAUAUUCUCUCGUAUUUUGAUAUUACUGUAUAAUUAUCUUGAGUUUUAUAGUAGAAUCAUUAAUGUUAUUUAUUUUUAAGCCUUUUUAAUUCUCAUAUUAAUGGAAGUUCAAGUUCAUCAAUGAUUGUUAUUAAGAGAACUGACUGUGAAGACCCAAUAGAUUUCUUGUCAUUUAAGACAUUCCAGAAUGCUUCUGUGAUAUUAACAGUAUCAGAUUCUACACAAGAUUCUUGCAGUAAUAAGGAUUGCUAAUAUUAUUUGUGUGAAGAAAAUUGAGUUCAAAGUAAAAGACAUAAAUUAAUGCUUAGAUUAUAUAUUCUCUGUAAAUACAUUACUGCAGGACAUGAUUAGUUAUGAUUGGAAGAUACAAGUGCAGGUUUCAUAGCUGGGCUAUCGUAAGUUUUUAGUGGUUAAUUAUCUUGAGUUUUCUAUCUUGUUUUCUAUUAUGUAUUACUGAAACACUACAUUUACCUCCUUUUAAUGAAAGCAUAUUAUAAAGUGUGUGUAAUUCUGAAAGUGUAUGAUGCAUAGGCCUGAAUAUUAUAGUAUUUGUAUCAAUCUGUUAAAAAAAAAUUAUUGAUUAUAAAGACUUCAUAUUCAUAAAAAUGCCCUUCCCACUCCUCAGCUUUUGUCAGGCAAUAUGUUUGUAAUCAGUAUAUGAGAAAGGGUUCAAUUUCCUCAUGAUGGAAACAAGACUUCAGUGAUUUUAUAGGUAACUCGAGAAAGUUUGUACAUUUAGUUCAAGUUCAAAAGCAUAAUUAACAUCAAUAAAGUUUUGCUCUGUAAAAGUGUCAUUCCAUUUAGUUUUAAAAUUAUUACUUUGGGAGAGGAACUCGAUGAAUCAAGAGAUGGAAAUGGAGAUUUUAUAUUUACUUUGAGGCAAAAAGUUAUCUACCCAAGAACAAGGCUAUUGUUGGUUUUGAGGUGUACAAGCCAGUAUUUAAUUGAAAUUUGUUUGUAAAUAAAACAUGACUUGUUAAUUACCUAACUAUCAGCUUUUAGCAUACUGCAGUUCAGUAUGUUAUAAAACCAAGAUUUUUUCUUGAAAUGAAAAAAUAUUUUUUAAAGAAAUAUAUAUAAGAACAUAUUGCAUAUUUUAAUUAAUUUUUUCUUGAUAGAUGAUUUUUUUCAUAAACAUUUAAAGGAAUAACUGUAUUCCUAAAUGUACAUUUACUAAACAGUAAGUGUAAAAAGUUUUGGAAAUUUCAAGAAUAGUUUAUGAAAGGGCCAUAUUUAAUUUCAAGUACUGUAUCCUGCAGUGUGAGUAAAUACAAAUUAGAAUGAUAAGGUUGGGAUAAUUUUGAAGUCAUGAAUUUCAGUAAAAGUCUUCUGAUGCUACAGUUAUUCUGUACACAUGUGAUAAAUUUAUUUGAAACAGUUACUGAUAUGUAAUGGUGAAGUUUAUCUGAAAAAUUAAAAAUUUGCUUUUGCCAACAAAUCUCGUGGAGCCAUUAAUUUUUCCUAGUCUUCUCCGGUACAAGAUUACACUUCAUUAUUUUUACUGGCAAGAGAUGACGAGGUACCUCAGGUAUUGUGUGAAUUACGUUUUACCCUCCUUGAGAUUUUAAAUAAUCGUUCUUUUAACCUUACAUGAAAUAUACAGUAACAUUAAAUCCCAUUUCAUUUUGGAUAAUAAUAGUUUUAGAAUUUCAGAUCGUUUCCUGAUUUUCAUUAGUCAUUUUCAUCUAUGCCUAAAACACAAUAUAAGGCAUAUUAUUUUUAGGAUGUUGGCUAUUGCAAUCGCUAGAGUUUACAAAAUAUGCCAGCAUAAUGUCAGCAGGAUUAUCUCGUAAAAUGCACUCAUGUAACAACUUGCUUGUCAGAAAGUUAACAUAAUUCCUACUUGUCCCUAUGUUAACCUUAACUUAUUUUACACCUCAUUUGUGAUUUCAUGACCUUUUGGUUUGUCACCAUAUUGGUAUAACCAAAAACCACUAAAGUAAGUGUUAAUGUUUUUGGAAAAAUAACUAUUUUUGUUGCUGAUAUUGCUAUCGUACUAUAUUGGGGUCAGGAUAAGCAAAACCACUGUAAUGAAUAUGAAAUAAUGUCCUUGUAAAAUUUUGAGUGGCAAAUUCAAAACAUUCACUUUAAGUAUGGUAAACUUUUGAAUGAAGUCUGACCUCAUUCUGUUAGUUAUUUAAUGAUUUAGCUUAUAGAAAUGCAGAUAAAGCUUCCAUUAUGAUGUAUACUAAGUGGGCUGAAUGUUGAGCAUUUGCUAAAUAAAAAGCAGUUUCAUUUACGUGAGGAUUUCUUAAGGUCUUACAUUGAGUAAAAUCUUAUCUUGACUUUUCUAUUGUGUAUGAAGAUUUUAAUGUUCAUUCUGAAUGUUUGCUACCCCUCAAUAUUUUCAUAUUCAGUAUUGAAUAUAUAACAGGGUUUUUUGUAGCUAUAGAAUUACCUCCUUUUUAUUUUCAUUGAUAUAGAUCACGAAAGCUUUAAAAAUGGUAGUUAUAUAUCACAUUCUGAUUCAAGGAGCUAAGUCUCAAGAUUGUGAUUAUAUUAAGACCAUUUCAUGAAUUAUGUAUCUGUGUUGUUAGGUAGCAUGUCAACUUAACAGACUUCAGGGGUCUUGUCUUCUUUAGCAAAGUCCAUUAAUUAACAAAGAUCCUAUAUUAUAGUGUGCACUUGAAAAUUUUACAGAACCUUAGAGCUAACAGCAAUUUCACAUAGCUAUUAAUGUACACUAACUGUACUUUACACUUAACAUUGAAUUUGGGAGAUCAUUUUAAACAUGUAUGACCUCAAAAUUGGUACUCAAGCAAAAAGUAAUAAUGUAGCAGAUAAGUACAAAAGUCUGUUAAGUUGGGGUCUAUUAAGUUGAGGUGUUACUUGCGAAGAUCUACAUAAGGUUGAUGAAAGUUAAUGAUAAAAUAUUACUCUUAAGGUAUUUGAUACUUUGUGUAUAAAAUGUUGCAAACUACAUUGUUAUGAUGCUGAUGAAGGAUAAUUAUUUUAUACAAAGACUGAAAGCUGAA